AUGGGGGCGUACAGAGCGGAAGACGAUUAUGAUUAUCUGUUCAAGGUUGUGUUGAUCGGUGACUCCGGCGUCGGCAAAUCCAACCUUCUCUCCAGGUUCACCAAGAAUGAGUUCAGUCGCGAAUCCAAGUCCACCAUUGGCGUCGAGUUCGCCACCCGAAGCAUUAGCGUGGACGAUAAGGUUGUUAAAGCCCAGAUUUGGGACACCGCCGGUCAAGAAAGGUACCGAGCAAUCACGAGUGCAUAUUACCGUGGAGCCGUUGGAGCUUUACUAGUGUACGACGUUACACGCCACGUAACAUUCGAGAACGUGGAGAGAUGGCUGAAGGAGCUAAGAGGUCACACAGAUGCCAACAUUGUGGUAAUGCUUGUGGGCAACAAGGCAGACCUCCGCCACUUGAGGGCGGUUUCCGUUGAUGACGCCACUGCCUUCGCGGAGCAAGAGAACACAUUCUUCAUGGAAACAUCAGCACUGGAGUCCAUGAAUGUGGAGAAUGCCUUCACAGAAGUUCUGUCUCAGAUAUAUCGUGUGGUGAGCAAGAAGGCACUGGACAUAGGGGAUGAUCCCUCGGCUUUGCCCAAGGGACAGACCAUUAACGUCGGCUCUCGUGAUGAUGUAUCAGCUAUGAAGAAUGCCGGAUGCUGCUCUUCUUGACGAGUAUACGCUCUUAUAUAAUAUAACCUAUAUAUCUUCAUCCAUCUUUUUUG